AUGACAGACAUUUUGGAAGCAUACAAACAAAGCUUGUCUGAGUUAACAUUUAAUUCACGUCCAAUAAUUGAUAAUUUAACUAUAAUAGCAAAAGAGAAUCCAAAUGUUGCCGAUGGAAUCGUCGAUUUAAUAACUCAACGAAUUUAUAAAACUAUUCCAGACCAGAAAUUAUUUGCAUUGUAUUUACUAGAUUCUAUAUGCAAAAUUAUUGGUAACCCUUAUAACAUAUUAGCUGGAGAUGAGAUUUUUAAUUUAUAUUCUCAUGUAUUUCAAUUAGUCAACGAGACAAUUCGUAACAAGUUGGUGAACUUGUUUGAAACAUGGAAAAUAACCAAAACAAGAGGUACCAAUGACCCUUUAUUUCCGAAAGCACAAUUAGAUAAAAUAGAUUCAUUUUUGAAGAAGGCAGGGUACCCGAAGGCCAAAACAAACUCGGGUGUAAUGUCCCAACAAUCCCUAGUGAACGAUAUUAACCAAUUAAUUCCUAUUUUCGAAAAAAAAGUACGAACUAACCCAAACUCCAAGUCACAAGAUAGACUUCGGGCAUUAAAUCAAUUAAGAUCAAUACUUUCUAGCCAAGUGAUGAAAGCUAAUGAAUUACAGGCUAUUCAAAAUCAACUACAAAACAUUAAGGAGCAAGAACUCUCAUCGUCAUCUUCUUCAGCAUCAAAAGGUGGCACCCCUAUUCCUACCCCAGGACCAACUCCUGCCACUACGCCGGGACCCUCUUCGAUUCCACCUGUGUCUAGGGUGAACCCGGCAUUCAUGAUAUUCAAUGAUUUGGUUCUUUCAGGGUUGGUUAAAAAGGAUCAAGAACCAAUCCCUGGAUCUAAACCAGUUUACUCGUUGGUUUUUCCACAAACCAAAUAUGUACCAUCAGCAAGUGGUCUCGGCUCUAAUAGUACUUUAGAAGAUUUAUUGUUAUCUAGUAGUUCAAUACAAAGAUCUGAUUAUGAUAAAUUGAAGUUUACGGAAAUGGUUAAGGUUAGUAAAUUGUCUUUCAACAAUUUGCAAGACUUUAUUAAAAAUAAUAAACCUACAACAAAAUUGCGUGAUUUGCUUUAUGAUUCAAAACCAUCCAAAUGUUCAAUUUGUGGUAAAAGAUUUGCAUCUGAUAAAGAAGGGGCAGAUAAAAAGAGAUUACAUUUAGAUUGGCAUUUUAGAAUCAACAAGAAGCUCUCUAAUAAAGGCAGUAAUGUUCAAUCUCGAAAUUGGUAUCUAGAUGAUUAUGAAUGGGUUCAUUUUAAUGAAAACGAUCUUUUGGAGUAUUCGACAGAUGUAAGAAUACCAGAUAUUACUCAGGAAAUGGAUGAAACUAUUUCAACCGAUAGCCAAUACGUGAUUGUUCCAUCAACAGAAACAAAUAUGAACAAUAAAUGCUUAAUCUGUCGUGAGCAAAUCAAGGCUACUUAUAAUGAUGAAAUUGGAGAAUGGUGCUGGUACAAUUGUAUUAGACAACCUGGAGAGCCUAAAAAUAGCAGAAAAAUUGUCCAUGUCACUUGUUAUAAUGAAUCCAGCAAGAAGAGACCAGCGGACAAUGAUGAUUUG